CCACCUUUUCUUUUCCUCGCCACAGUUUCCCUCCAACCUGGUACUCGGCUCCAAUUCCGCUGAUAUAAACAUUCCACCGCCUCAGUUUCUAACAAAGACGGGUAGCGAUCCAAAGAACCAAAUCCACCACUUGGAUGAGGACAUCCCCUGCUGCGGCCUGAUCGGCGAGAGAAGACGUAGGGGUUGGUAACUUGGAAGCCCGGCACCGGACGGCUGGAACUAAGUGAGUUUCUCGGUUCUGUACUUCUUCUGCCGCCUCUUCUCUGUUUGUGGUUGCCCUGUCGUUCUUUUGCUGUCUAUUGUUUCGUUCUUCUUACUGCUCUGCACUGAGAUUUAGUUCCAUCCGUUUUCUUUUCCUUUUUCUCAAUUGUUUCCGAUAUUUCUGCUAUAUCUGGUAUUGUUCAGCAUAAUUCUUCUGAAUCUUUGGGAAAGGGAGAACCUUUUUACGGAUUUAUGUGAAGGACAGGUUAAAAUUCUUCUUCUAGCUCAUAUUUAGAUGCUAGGUCAGUUGCUGCCGCAGAAAUAAUGAUACUCUGAUUAUUUUUUUUUUGGAAUAGCCAACUUGGUGUUUGGUUGCAAGAUGAAAUUUCACCAACUUCCGUUGCAAAUUUCUACUUUGAGGAGGAAUUGCUAGUUCUUGAUGUUGCCAAAGGCCCAUUAAAAAUCACCAAUUUUCAACUUUUGGGAUAAGAAAAUGGAUUACAUCAUCAUUUUGAGAUUUAACACAUCCAAGCAGAGCCUAAUACUUUUUUUUUUAAUAUAUUAUGCGUAAGUUGAGCUCAAUUACACCUUGCUGCUUAGUUUGUGAUUAUAUUGCUUUUGAUGCUUUAUUAGUUCAGAGUUCAGACAAUUGAAUUUGGUGCAUUUGUUGUUCAAAUUACGCCUCUUGUUUCUCUUGAGAAACCCAAUACCAAUGGAGCAAAAAUCUCAAACAUGUUGGCAGUGAGGUUCUCUGAUAUUUUUUUUUUUUGGUCUAAAUAGCUUUUCAUUCAUAUAGCUCGAGCGUGAGUACAAUCUGCCAAAUCAGGUGAAAGUAAACAGUACAGAGGGUGUGGAAUAUUAGCUUAGCUUGUCCAAAUGACCUCCUCGGAGUGUCAGACGGCAUAAGAGGCGACCCAGUCUGCUGCACUAUUCGCCUCUCGAUACACAUGAGCUAUCCGGAGGGAGGUCAACUCCCUUAGCAAUGUGCGGGUAUCUCGUAUCAAUGGAUGGACAUCCUCGUACCUAUCCGCUCCCCUAAUCUAGUCAAUCACCGUGGAGGAAUCGCCCUCAAAAAAUAAGCUAUUAACCCCCAAUACCCGUCUCCCAUGCUGCCCGGAGUUCCACUCCCACUGUGGUCAGACUAGGUGUGCUCCGCCUUCCAGCUGCUAUGAAUCUGCCCCUAUGGUCCCUGAUCACAAAACCCACUCCCCCAGAGGCGCCAUCCCCCGCCAUGCCUCCAUCGAAAUUCACCUUAAGAUAACCAGGGGGUGAGGGUACUCAAGAGAAGUAGAUAAACUUGGACGCUGAGACAACGGAGCAGGUGCCCCAAACUAGUAACCUCCGCUGCACGCCGCAUGGCUUUGUCCAUUACAACCCGUGGGGACGAUCUCCUGCCCUCAAACAGACGGUUGUUCCUGUCCAACCAGAUAUGAUAGGCCAAGUAAGCAGCCACGGUCCCCAUCUCUGCAGUACUCGGUCUCCAGAGGGAUUCUCUCAGAUACCGAAGCAUAUCCUCCACCGACUCUCACAUCGAAUGGACUGGCACAGGUGAACAUCUCCAUAUCUGCACGACUGUAGAGCACCGAAGAAGUACGUGACUGAUGAUCUUCUCAACCUCCAGAUAUAUCUCACACAACGAGCUCAUCCGCAUCUCCCAUCAAGCAAGCAUAUUUCUGGUAGGUAGGCAGCCCCAAGCCACCUUCUAAAAAAAGAGCGUCACCCGGGGAUGCACCCUCAUCCUCCAGAUCCAUCCUCUGUCAAUCUGCCUUUCUGGCUCCCUACUAGUCCAUGUAAGAAGAUCACUGAUGCGCACCCUCGUUUGGACCUCCGAUAUUUUCUGAUGUUGUCUAAUAGUCCCUAAUAUGGUAUAUCGGCCGAAAAUCUCUCCGAUAAAAUCUUCUCUGAUAUUCUUUAAUAAUUUCUUGCCCCAUUCCUCCAAGGGGCAUUGGCCCAUUCCUACCCAAAGCGGGAAACGGGGGCGCCUGCGCUUGUUUCUCUCUAUCGCGCAACUUGUGGAUUAGAACGAAGGGGAGGGGGCGUGCGCUAUUAAAAAAAGAAGACCAGUGCUUACCUCGUUUCCUCCUCACGUAUGCACCAUGCCUCUCUCGCCCGUCUCCUGCACUGCUUUCUGUGCGACGCUCGUUCUCGCCAGUGCCUUCCUCAAGCACACGUCAGUGCUCCUCCUUACUCUACAGUCCUUUCCUCCACCACUAGCAUGCUCUUUAUCACCUCCCGUUCUCCUCCUUCUCCUCCAUCGUCUUUUCCUUCCUCCUCUUAAUCUCUCUCUCUCGCUUCUAGUCUCCCUUCCCCUCCCUGUGUGUGUGGGGGGAAUCGGUGAGAGGGCACUGUGCCCUCUUCCACCAUCUCUCAUCUCUCUUCUUCCUAUUUCUCUUCCAGCCACCUAUGCGUGUGUGCGCGUUAGCAGGCGAAAGGCAGCUGUCCUCUCUUGUCCACGCCUCACUCUCUCUCCGUCUUUCAGUUCUCUCCUAUCUCUGAGCUAAGCCGUAGAAGGGUUUCACUGUGUCGCCUCCUCUCUUCCGUCCUAUGACAAGAAAUAGAGCAAGGUAGGUUAGUGGCCGUCUCCUCUAUUACAAUGAUAGGUUUAAAAAUCAGGAUUUUGAAAUUUUUCAAGAAUUUUUAGAAAUUAUGUUAAAGCAUUUGCGUACCACCGAUUCAAUACAUGUAUGUGAUUUAGAUUAUUAGGUCCCAAGGAGCUUCAGUCAGAUUAUUUGGAUUUUGAUAUCUGUGUUUUCUAAGAGUUUUUGAAAAAUUAUAGUUUAUAUCAUUUGAUAAAAGAGUUUUUUAUAAUUUCUGCUUCUAUUUGAUUAAAUCGUUAAGCAUAUUAUGUUCAAUCUUGGAAAACAAUAUAAGAAUAAAAUAUAUAUUUUGAUAUUCUCAUAAUAAGUUAUUUUGGACAUGACGGAUUUAGAAAAUUUGGCUGAAUAUUUGUGAAAAUAAUUUUAUAUUUAUAUAUUCAGUAUCGCUAUGAUCUGAUCUAGCCCCAUCAAUGGAGGUUAUUAUAGAUUUAGUUUUCUCAGGGCUUAAGUUUAGUCAAGACUAUGUUUUGACUAAGGAUCGUCAAGGAUUCAACGCAAAGGUUGAGAGUUGGUUAGAAAUUGGGCCAUGAAAUAUCUUUGUUGGCUAUAUCUUAUUGAUAACUUUAUGUUAUUUUGUCUGAAUAUUUAUUGUGAUAUUUGUUUUAUGUUCAACGAAAUCAGAGUUCCACAGCAAAAGCACAGUGAGUUAAAGAAUGGUAAGGUUUAGAACCUGAUUUACAAAAUAAACGCUCCGAGAGAUAAACUAUCUGAGAGCUCCAUGAUGAGACGACCAUAAUAAGUGUCCUCGAAGUUCCGUAAGUUUAGAUUCGUAAAUUUUGGAGGAUGAAAUUUUUAAGGGAGCUAGGAUGGCCCCCUCUACAGCGGGUGGUACCUUGGUCCUUUCCAAAUCGGGAAGCAGGAGAGACAUGCCCCUGUUUCUCUCUGCGCAUGCUUGCGAAUUAGAACGAAGGGGAGCGAGCGUUUGCUCCGUUAAAAAGGGAGCAGCCCCUACCCCAUUUCCUUCUCGCUUAACGCACCACGCCUCUCUCGCCUGUCUCCUCCACCGCUUCCCGUGCCAUGCUCUCUCUCCCCUGUUCCUUGCUGAAGCACGCGAACGAGAUUCUCCCCGCCCUACAGUCAUGUCCUCUGCCCCUAGCAUGCUCUUUUCCUCCACCUCAUGUUCUCUUCCUUCUUCUCCACCAUCUCUUCCUUCCUUCUCUUCAUCUCUCUCUCUCUCUCUCUCUCGCCUCUAGCCUCCCUUCUCCUCCGUGUUUGUGUAUAACAGUGAGAGGGUACCGUUCCCUCUUCCACCGUCUCUCAUCUUUUUUAAUUCUUCCUAUUUCUCUCCCACCACUCUCUGUGUGUGCGUGUGUUAGUAGGCGAAGGGAAGCUAUGCCUUCCAUUUUUCAUGCCUCACUCUCUCUCCUAUCUCUAAGCUAAGUCCCAGGAGGGUUUCACCAUGUCGCCUCCUCUCUUCUAUCCUAUGACAGGGAAAGGAGCAAGUGAUCUUAUGAGGACUUUCCCUGCUGUGGCCUGAUCAGUAAGAGAAGGUUUAUGGAUGCGUCACCUGGAAACUUGGUAGCCCUGCACAUGUCGGUUGAAACUAAUGAUAAUGCAAGCAAAAGAGCCCGACGAAGCAGAGCUUUUAAAGUAGUAGAUAAGUUCAACUUCCUUAUUCCAGAAAGGAGUUCAAGCUGCAAGUUUCAUUCUUUGAAACUUAUGUUGGUUAUGAUUAUUUGUGGCACAAUUUUAACACUUCUGCACUCUUCAGCAGUGCAUAAUGAGCGUCUCCUGCAGUCUAUUUCUCGGCCUGGACUUCUAGAUCUUGGGUGGAUAUGGGACAGAGUGACUUUGGAUUCCAGAUACAUAUCACAUUUGGAUGUCAACUGGUCACAAAUAUCAAAAAUUAUAGAACAAGUGGCUGGCAUGAGAGGAAAUCUCAAAGUCGGCUUACUGAAUUUCAACACUACUGAGGUCAGCUACUGGCAGCAUAUUUUACCAUGGGAAAACACUUCUGUUGUACAUCUAGAUUAUGCCAACAGCAAUCUUACUUGGGAGGUUCUUUACCCUGAAUGGAUUGAUGAGGAAGAAGAAUUUGAAGUGCCUGUUUGUCCAUCUCUUCCUGCACCGGAAGUUCCUCAAGGGUCACAGUUUGACCUUGUUGCAGUCAAGCUUCCUUGUAACAAGUCAGGGAGCUGGUCAAGAGACGUUGCAAGGUUGCAUUUGCAGCUCGCUGCAGCGAAACUUGCUUCGGCUUCUGUGGAAAGCCAGGAUCGGGUUCAUGUUCUUUUGGUAACUGAUUGCUUCCCAAUUCCAAAUCUCUUCACUUGCAAAGACCUUGUCAAACGGGAAGAAAAUGUUUGGCUGUAUAGGCCUAACUUAAAAACACUGAAGGAAAAGCUUCGGCUUCCGGUUGGAUCAUGUGAACUUGCUGUGCCGCUCAAAGCAAAAGAACAGCCAUACUCGAAGACCGGACUCCGAGAAGCCUAUGCCACAGUACUUCACUCUGCAGAUGUAUAUGUAUGUGGUGCAAUAACUGCAGCUCAAAGCAUACGUCUAACAGGAUCCACAAGGGACCUUGUAAUACUAGUUGAUGAAACAAUAAGCAACCAUCACCGAAGUGGCCUUGAAGCUGCAGGGUGGAAGGUCAGAACGAUCCAAAGGAUCCGCAACCCAAAGGCCCAGCGUGAUGCCUACAAUGAAUGGAACUACAGCAAGUUCCGGCUCUGGCAGCUUACAGACUACGACAAGAUUAUAUUCAUUGAUGCUGACAUGAUCAUCCUAAGAAACAUUGAUUUCCUAUUCACGAUGCCAGAAAUAACUGCCACUGAAAACAAUGCAACUCUCUUCAACUCUGGCGUGAUGGUCAUCGAGCCUUCAAAUUGCACGUUCCAGUUGUUAAUGGAACACAUCAAUGAGAUAGAAUCCUAUAAUGGUGGAGACCAGGGUUACUUGAAUGAGAUCUUUACAUGGUGGCACCGUAUGCCGAAGCACCUGAACUUCUUGAAGUACUUUUGGGGGGAUAAGAGCAUGAGAGUUAAAAAGACUCAGUUGAUUGGGGCCGACCCACCGGUUAUCUAUGUUCUUCACUACUUGGGGCUGAAACCAUGGCUAUGCUUCCGUGACUAUGAUUGCAACUGGAAUUAUGUCGGACUUCCGAUGUUUGCAAGUGAUGUAGCGCAUGCAAGGUGGUGGAAAGUGCAUGACAUGAUGCCAGAGAACCUGCAAUCCUUCUGUCUUCUUAACUCUAUGCGGAAAGCAGUCUUGGAACAGGAUCGGAGGCAGGCUGAGAAGGCAAGCAAUCCUGAUGGACACUGGAAGCGGAAUAUAAGUGAUCCAAGACUAAAAAUCUGCUUUGAGGAGUUCUGCUCUUGGGAGAGCAUUCUAUCUAGUUUAUAAUCUCUACCCUCUCUUCGCUCAUGCUUUCUGUUUUCUUUCUCGCUUUUCACAUUCUUUAGUUUUGUAGAAAAAAUGGUAUUCAUCUGAUCCUUAGAGCUUCACCUAACGACGCCCUUCAUACAUAUCUUUCCCCUUGCUAAGUGUAAAGGUGGCAAUGUUUGGUCUUAUGCGCAUGCCUUGUUUCUGGAGUCAUAGGUUUCAUAUUGUUCCAUUGUUAUCAAUGGCUUGAUUUUUUCCACUUGAUAAUACAUAUGCUUUACUGAUUCUUUCAGCAA